GGAGGGGCUGAGAGGAGCGGUUAGAGGUGGGAGUUGGUGCUGCCUGCCGGGCGGAGACGGAGGGCUGCGAUGCGGACCUGGCCGCGGCGGUGACCGGAGCUGCCGCCCGACAUGAACUCGCUGGAACAGGCGGAAGAUCUCAAGGCUUUCGAAAGAAGACUUACUGAGUAUAUUCAUUGCUUGCAACCGGCCACUGGACGCUGGAGAAUGCUUCUUAUAGUGGUGUCUGUCUGUACAGCUACUGGUGCCUGGAACUGGCUAAUAGAUCCUGAGACACAAAAGGUGUCCUUCUUCACAUCCUUAUGGAAUCAUCCAUUUUUCACAAUUAGCUGUAUAACUCUAAUAGGCUUGUUCUUUGCUGGCAUACACAAAAGAGUAGUUGCACCAUCAAUUAUAGCUGCUCGAUGCCGAACGAUACUAGCGGAAUACAAUAUGUCUUGUGAUGAUACAGGAAAGCUAAUUUUGAAACCUAGACCUCACGUUCAAUGACAAUCUGCACUAUUGUUAGGGAACCUAAAGCAGUCUUUCUUCAAAUAAGUGAUACAGCAAAAUGCCACCAAGGAUUCCUUUUGGAAUUGGAUAUGUGAUGGUUUAGCAACAACUGACAAGAAGCGUGCAAUAUUUGCCCAGAUUAUCUCAAUGGUGAUGGCUGAGCUCAGCGCUGCAGCACCUCUGGGUACCUGUGUUCAGUGUUAGUGCCACUUCAGCCCUUCAGCUCCUGCAGAGAGUUCUGCAGAUGGAGUGUGCGUGUUACUAAGUUAAACUUAGAAACCAAACCUCAUUCAGUUUUUAUAAUGUAUUUUUGCAAACUACUGUAAAUAGCAAAUCAAUGCCAAUGUUAAACCAAGAGGAAAAUGUUUGGACUUUGCUCUCCUGCAUCAGUAUUUCAGAAACCAUCUGCUUGACAUCUCCAUGGCUCUUUAAACCUGGCUACUAUGUGUGCCUUUCAUUCUCAGCGCCUCCUUCCAUUGUGCUGCAGGAAAUACCAGGCUCCACUUAGACUGAGAAAACCUCAUCUCCAUUAUGUUGAAAUUUUAUAUGUUUCAACAAUUUUUGUUAAGCCCAAUACUGAAUUCUGGCAACUAUUGUUAUAUUUUUCAGUAAAUAGUUCUCAUUUAACGCUAAAUUACUUUUUUAAAAAAGAAUUUUAAAAAACACCCCCAAAGUCUUCUGAAUGUACAAGUUAAAUUAUGUGUUGCCUGGGAAUUUGACGGUCGUUAUUUUAGGUGACUGGAUUUUAUGCUGAGGUAGACGUGUUAGACCAGUACUGUCCUGGUGUAGCUGAUGGGCCCAGUCCAUCACCAGUAACACCGGAACCACACCACAAGCCAGAGCCUGCAGUCCUCACUGCUGGAGAGUCAUGAUGAUAUACUGUGUAUGCGCAACAGCCUCGUGUACUACGGUAGCCCUUGAAACGAAACUGUGGGAUUGCUGUAAAUACUUAACGGACUAGUGGUGCCUUUUUACCUGUUUAUUAGAAGAUUUUGAAAAGGUUAAAUUAUUUCAUGAGCAAUAUUUUAAAUUUCAUCCAAUAUGAAACUAAAUUUGAAUAAUAGGGCAAAACCAUUGAAUUAAAGCUGCCAUUUAACUAACACUUGUUCAUCUUGACUUUCCUUUCAAUAAAUUGUAUUCUUUGAAUUGCAGCAAUAAAACCCUCUGCUUCUAAGAAUUCUCUAAGAGGGUAUUCUAUAUGUUCUGCAUUGUUUUAUUUUCUGUAAAUUCUGUAGGUAAAUAUGUGCAAAAAAUAAAUAUUUUAUAUAUAACCAGU